AUGGCGGACAAACUACAGUAUCACAAAGUGAUCAGCUGCAGCAACAAUGAGAACCUUAUCGAGUCUUUGUGCUGUGAGAACCUGAAGAAAGAGUGUGACCCUCCACACCUGUGUUGGUUGAGGAGCUCAUGGACAACCACGGUAAACUUAGCCAACUACAGCUCCUCCACAGACUCCGAACAAGCAACACAACAAGAAGUUGACAGCAAAGAUCUGCAAUCAACAGAAACAAAACAAACUCCAACUCGGAUACCCACUGAGGAUGUCAAAAGGAUAUUACAACUGGCCCACCCAGAGCGCUUGCGUCUGUCGGCGGCUGUGAGUUUCCUGGUGGUUUCCAGUGCUGUCACCAUGUCGGCGCCCUUCUUUCUGGGCCAAGUCAUUGACACCAUCUACUCAAGCUCCUCGGAGGACUUCAGUGCCUCCCUCUGCUCUCUGUGUAUCACGCUCUUAGGGGUGUUUCUCUGUGGGGGCGCUGCCAAUGCAGCCCGUGUCUACCUCAUGCAAAUCUCAGGGCAACAGAUUGUAAGGAAUCUAAGCGUAUCCCUAUUCUCCUCGAUUCUGAGGCAGGAGGUGGGGUUCUUUGAUAAGAUCCGUACCGGGGAGCUCAUUAACCGCCUGUCUGCGGACACGGCUGUCAUCGGGCACUCCCUCACAGACAACCUCUCCGGCGGGAUCAGCACUAUCGCGCAGGCAGCAGCUGGGAUCAGCAUGAUGUUUUACGUGUCACCCAGUUUAGCAGCUUUUGUGCUGCUGAUCGUGCCUCCUAUGGCUGGCCUGGCUGUCAUAUACGGGAGAUACCUGCACUCCAUAUCCAAACGCACACAGGACUCUCUGGCCGAGGCCACACAGUUGGCAGAAGAGCGUAUCAGCAACAUGAGGACAGUUUGUGCGUUUGGUAAGGAGCUGACAGAAGUGGCUAGGUAUACAGAGAAGGCCAACUACAUUCUCCACCUGGCCAAACAGGAGGCUGUUUUGCUGGCCGGGUUCUUUGGAGUGGUGAGCAUUCAGCCAUUCAAUGUUGCCCAAUUUUCCCUAAAGAGAUGUGCCCUGGAUGCAGAGAAUGAGUUCCUGGUCCAGGAGGCUCUGGAGCGGCUCAUGGAUGGGUGCACGGUGCUGAUCAUCGCCCACCGCCUCACCACCAUCCAGAACGCUGACGCCGUGGCGGUGCUGGGCCAGCGGUGUGUGGUGGAGUGUGGUCAGCACGCACAGCUCCUGGGCAACCGCCAAGGCCUCUUCAGGAAGCUGAUGGAGAAACAAGCCUUCUUCCAAGAGGGGCAAAAGCGAGCGUUGAAAAGAGGACAGGGGAGCUCUUUAAAUGUAGAGAAAGUGCCUUUACAGUAG